AUGGCUUCCUCGAUGCUCAACGGGGCCAUCACCUUCCCCAAGGGAUUAGGUUUUCCCGGUUCCAACUUACAGGCGAGAUCAAUUCCUCGGCCGAGUUUGGUCUCCGUAACCCGAACCACCAGCACUCGGAGAAUCUCCGUGGCAACGAGAUGCAGCGUGUCGGCGUCACGGCCAUCGGCGCAACCUAGGUUCAUACAGCACAAAAAGGAGGCGUACUGGUUCUACAGGUUCUUAUCCAUAGUAUACGACCAUAUCAUAAAUCCGGGCCACUGGACGGAGGAUAUGAGGGACGACGCUCUCGAGCCGGCGGAUCUAAGCCAUCCCGACAUGCGGGUGGUGGAUGUCGGCGGCGGGACUGGAUUCACGACUCUGGGGAUCGUCAAGACAGUGAAUGCCAAGAAUGUGACGAUUCUGGACCAGUCGCCACAUCAGCUGGAGAAGGCGAAGAAGAAGGAGGCGUUGAAGGAAUGCAAGAUCGUGGAAGGAGAUGCGGAGGAUCUCCCGUUUCCUACGGAUUACGCCGACAGAUACGUCUCUGCUGGGAGAGUUCUCAAGAUCGGAGGCAAAGCAUGCCUCAUUGGCCCCGUCUACCCAACCUUCUGGCUUUCUCGCUUCUUUGCAGAUGUGUGGAUGCUUUUCCCCAAGGAGGAAGAGUACAUCGAGUGGUUCAAGAAUGCUGGUUUCAAGGACGUUCAGCUUAAGAGGAUCGGCCCCAAGUGGUACCGUGGUGUUCGCAGGCACGGCCUCAUCAUGGGUUGCUCUGUCACCGGUGUCAAACCUGCCUCCGGUGACUCUCCUCUCCAGCUUGGCCCCAAGGAAGAGGACGUAGAGAAGCCUGUCAACAAUCCCUUCGCCUUCUUGGGACGCUUCCUCUUGGGAACCCUAGCCGCUGCUUGGUUUGUGUUAGUGCCCAUCUACAUGUGGAUCAAGGAUCAGGUUGUUCCCAAAGACCAACCCAUCUGA